AGUACCAUUUAGUUACAAAGUCUACCAACGUAGAGCGCCACAGAUCAUCGACAGACGGCUCGACAGUCGUAACAGAACACGACGGUAUAGGAAAGCGAAAAGGCGUGAAAAAGUUUCGCGAAAUUCUCUUAGGCAUCCGGGCAAACGUUCUGUGUCGUGCCGUGUAUCGCGUCGAGAUUGCCACUGCAGUUUUUCUCGUCGCGUCUCGUGCGCGCGUGUGUGUGUGUGCGUGCGUGCGUGCGUGCGUGCGUGCGUAAGUUUGCGUGACACGUACGGGGCGUGUACGUCGUUUUCCGGGGUGCGGUGCAUUUCUCAUAGGACGAAAGAUCUCACGGAUCCACCGGAUCUUAAUAUGUUUGAAGGAUCAUCGUGGUUCAGAAAAAAGAGCUGCCUAUCGUGAAGUGAAUUUUCUUCAAGUUGCGCGCAUGCCUCCGUGCUGCUCACUCACUCGCCAUUUUGGAGAUAUAAUGUUAUUCCUGGGAAUGGAUUGACAGAGAAUUGAUAAAGAUUAAAGGAUUAGAAACAUCUUUUAUUAUUAAAUAAAGAGGCACGGUGUCUGUGAAAUAGGCCUCGGCCAUUAAUUCAUCAAUUUCUCUACUAUGCCAGCUGUUUCAAGACCCGGUAGCCUUAAAGAUCCAGAGAUCGCAGAAUUAUUUGAGAAAAAUGAUCCGGAGAAGAUAUUUGAAGACCUUCGGGAAAUUGGACAUGGUAGCUUUGGAGCUGUCUAUUAUGCCCGAUGCCUGGUUACCAAAGAAAUCGUUGCUAUUAAGAAAAUGUCAUACUUGGGAAAACAAACGGUUGAAAAGUGGCAAGAUAUUUUAAAGGAAAUUCGUUUUCUUAGGCAACUCAAUCACCCAAAUACUAUAGAAUAUAAGGGUUGUUACCUCAGGGACCACACUGCCUGGUUGGUGAUGGAAUAUUGUCUUGGGUCUGCAUCAGACAUUAUAGAGGUACAUAAAAGACCUUUAAAGGAAGACGAAAUAGCAGCAAUCUGCGAAGGAGUUUUACGUGGUUUACAUUACCUUCAUUCUCUUGGAAGAAUCCAUCGGGAUGUUAAAGCAGGAAAUAUUCUUCUCACCGAAAAUGGAACAGUAAAAUUGGCAGAUUUUGGUUCUGCUAGUAUAAAAUGUCCAGCAAAUAGCUUUGUAGGAACUCCAUAUUGGAUGGCACCAGAAGUGAUAUUAGCUAUGGAUGAAGGGCAAUAUGAUGGUAAAGUGGAUGUAUGGUCAUUAGGAAUUACAUGCAUUGAACUAGCUGAGAGAAAACCUCCUUACUUUAAUAUGAAUGCCAUGAGUGCUUUGUAUCAUAUUGCACAAAAUGACACUCCAGCUUUGAAUUCACCAGAUUGGACUGAUGUUUUUCGACAUUUUGUUGAAGUUUGUCUUACAAAAAGUCCUAAUGAAAGACCAACAUCUGGUACACUGCUGUCUCAUCAAUUUGUUACAAGAACACGUUCUCCACAAGUCUUAAUAGAUUUGAUUCAAAGAACAAAAGCUGCUGUUAGAGAACUAGACAAUUUAAAUUAUCGUAAAAUGAAAAAGAUUUUGAUGAUAGAUGCAUGUGAAACUGAAAGUACAGUUGGGGAUGCUGAUGAUACUCCUGAUGAACAAACUGGUGGUGAUAGUAGCAAAAGUAAUUCAAUUACCUCAGAACAUUCAAUUCAUUCAAUGGGAGUAUCAGCGAGUUCUCAAAGUUCCUCCACAAACAGCUUACCACUGCCUAAUGCAGAUUCAAAUGACUAUUCCACUGGUUCUGUUAGAAAUCGACAUAAAAUAACGAGUGGUGGUGUCACAGCUAAUCUGCUUGAACAUGGUGCCAAUAAUUUUGCAACCAUUAGAACGACAUCAAUUGUGACCAAACAACAAAAGGAACAUAUGCAAGAGGAAAUGCAUGAACAAAUGAGCGGUUAUAAGAGGAUGAGGCGAGAACAUCAAGGAGCUUUGGUUAAAUUGGAAGAACGUUGUAAAAUGGAAAUGGAAUCCCAUAAACAAUUAUUAGAUAAGGAAUAUGAAACAUUAUUGCAACAAUUUAGUAAAGAAUUGGAGAAGUUACAGCUUAGGCAUUACCAAGAAUUGGAACGUAAACUUAAACAAAACCAAAAUGCGGAGAAGAAACUUCAUAAAGAAAUUACAAGUAGGCAAGAAGCUGAUCGAAAAGCUCUUGAAGCUCAACAAAAACGAGAGUACAAAGCAUACAAAGAAAGAUGGAAAAAAGAACUUUCUCAGGAUGAAGUAACACCAAAGCGACAAAGGGAUGCUACUCUUCAAAGUCAAAAAGAUAAUUUAAGGCAAAUGGAAGCACAAGAAGAACAACGCUUAGCUAGAGGACAAAGAGAAUAUCUUGAUCUUGAGAUUCGUAAAUUUAGAAGAAAAAAGUUGCUUAUCUUUCACAGUCUUGAACAAGAGCUUUUACGUGAAGAAUUGAAUAAAAGACAACAACAAUUAGAGCAAGCACAUGCCAUGCUGUUACGGCAUCAUGAAAAGACUCAAGAAUUAGAAUACAGACAACAAAGAGCAGUGCAUGCUCUUAGAGAAGAUCAAGUUCUUCGACAACAUGCUACUGAACUUUGUAAUCAACAGGAUUAUAUGCAACGGGCUGAACGUGAUUUACGUAAGAAACACGCACUUGAACUUAAGCAGCAGCCAAAGAGCCUCAAGCAAAAAGAAAUGCAAAUUCGCAAGCAGUUUAGGGAAACUUGUAAGAUACAGACAAGACAGUAUAAGGCAUUAAAAGCACAGAUAUUGCAAACAACUCCAAAGGAUGAACAGAAAGCAGUUAUAAAGAAAUUAAAAGAGGAACAGAGGCGAAAACUUGCACUUUUAGGAGAUCAAUAUGAACAAAGUAUUGCUGAAAUGCUUCAGAAACAAAGUAUACGGUUAGAUGAAUCGCAGGAAGUCCAGUGUCAUAAUCUUAAGGAAAGGUUAAAUUAUGAAUUAGAGAUUUUGAUCGCGUAUCAGUCUAAAAACAAGAUGCAAGCCGAAGCACAGAGAAAUCGUGAACGACGUGAAUUAGAAGAUCGUGUAUCUGUGAGACGAGCUUUACUUGAACAAAAAAUGGAACUCGAAACGCAAGAAUUUCUUCGCGAGCGCAGCGAACGAAUACGUUUGUUACAUGAAAGACAAGAACGUGAAUUACAACAAUUUGACGAGGAAAGUGCAAGAAUAGGAUUCAGUGCUCUGGCGAUAGCAGAAGCAUCAAAAGAAUCGUAUCCAGAUGAUGAAAGCCUUAGUGGCUCAAUGUUAAGUCUGGCUCACAGUAAUAGCUCUACAUCCUUCCCCCCUAAUAGUCUUUAAUUUUAAUUAUAUUAAUAGAAUAUGUAUGUAUGUGUCUGCCUGUAGUAAGUACAUAAUGAGUCUCCCGAUCUAUAGUUCUAUGACUUAUACGGAUGAAACAGUGGUUGACUCAUUGCGUGCAUUAAUUCAAACCUAAAAAAAAGUUUUUAGGAUUGGAAAUGUGUAUUGGACUGAAGUUAAUCUAUUGGGAUACUUCUUUAUUAUCGAAAUGUCAACACAGAAGCUCUUGGUUUGAAGAAAUAUUCCUUCAUAUUGAAGGAAAAUUUAGAUGCUUUUUGCAGCAUUGUAAUUAUUAAUCUCAUCCUCUAUCAUAUUUAAAAAAAAAAGAAAAGAAAAAAAAAGGAAAAAAAAAGAAAAAAGAAAAAAAAAGAAAAGAAAAAGAAUAACAUCGGAAAAAAAGCAAUAACAAUUUAUCUGACUCUCAAUGUCUCUUAUAAAUAAAUUUAAAGAAUUUUGAAUGAUUUCAAUUCUCUUGAAUUUUUCGUAUUGUUUUUAUAAAUUUAUAGCUCGAUCAGAGAAAAGGAAUUUUAAAUUUAUUCAUUUAUUAUAAUGAAUAUUGACCAUUAUAUAAAAAUUGAGAAAAAGAAAAAUAAACAAUAAGGCCGAAUUUAUUGUAUAUGGCUUUAUCUAGUUUUAUUGUAUGAAAUUGAAAAUUAGUAAUGAAGAUAAUUUUUAAUUUUUAUUUUAUAACAUGAUUUAAAAAAUUGUUGACAAUAUUAAAAGCUGAAUACGAAAACUUAUUAA